AUGCCCUCCAAGAACUCCAUCAACAGACCCAAGCAGACCGUGAACCUCCACCGCAAGGCCCAAAAGGCCGGCAAGAAGAGAGCAGCUCGUGAAAGGGCAGGUCAAUUUAACCCUGCCAGAUCCUCUGAUUCAUCUCGUUCAGGUGAGAUCAAGUCUGUCUCCUUGGACUUGUACCGUGCGGGGAAAGUGGAGAACGGUGCUGGAAAUGGGACUGCCUCCACUAAUGGGGCUGUCACGUCGAGAACUUUGUCGAAGAAAAGGGCAAAGAAGAUUGAAAGAAAUUUGAAAUAUGCUGAACAGAGAAGAUUGUUAACAGAUUUGACUGCCAAGUUGGAAGAUUCCAAUGAAGGUAUGGAAAUUGAUGCUGUCGGUGGUGGUCGUGCCAAGAAGGUUGAGAAGAAGACUGCGUUGGGUCAAGUGAAAGAAGCUCUUUGGAACGUCAUUGAAGAUUCUUCCAGUCAAGGACUCGUUAUUGGUUCAGGACAAGGAACCACUUUGGGGGGUCCAAUGUUCCCAUGA